AUGUGCAACGAAUCUGAAGAAGGUUCUGAUCAUGUCCUGGUGGAUUGCACUUAUGCUAGGAGUGUCUUGGAAGGGGUAUCAAGAUGGUGUAAUACACAAUUGGUACCACUCCACACGGUAAAGGAUGUAGUGGAUUCCAUCUCUCAAUGGGGGGUGUGCAAAAAGAGGAGAAAGAUAAUCUUAGCUAUUUAUUAUGGAACAUUAUGGAGUAUUUGGAAAUCAAGGAACGAAAAGGUCUUCAAGAAAAACCGGCUACCACCGGAUAAAGUCACUGAUAUCAUUAAAUCAGUGGUUUAUCUCUGGGUGAAAAACAGGGAAAAAAUUGACAGGCUGAAUUGGGCAUCAUGGUCUCAAUGCCCUUUGUUUUUUUGA